GGGGAAGAGACAGAAGUCCAGGGCACCGUGAUUAUACACAUGACAGAGAUGAAUAUCGCGACAGGCGUCAUCACCAUUCGUGUUCACAUUCACGCUCACCAACUCGGAAGCGGCGACACCAUUCACACACGCCCUCUCCUUUGCGUUCGCGUUCAUGCUCAAGGAGUCCUCGAAGAGCCAAAGGCAAAGAACGAGACCGAGAUCGGGAAAGUAAACGUCGUUCGAGGUCGCGUUCACCGAAACGACACAGACGACGGCGGUCUCGGUCCAGUUCGUGCUCCUCUAGUUCCUCGAGUGAUAGUGACAGGCAUAGGAAGAAGCGAAAGGACAAGCAUAGGAAGCGGAGUAGGAGUAGAGACAAAGAUAGGAAGGAGAAGAAGAAAUCGAAGAAGGACAAGAAGAAAAAGAAAGGCGCUUCGACGUCUCACUGGGGUAAAUAUGGUAUCAUAAACGAAUCGAAUAUGUAUGAAAAAGAAGAAGAGUUCCGAACAUGGCUCGUCGAAGAACGCAUGAUCAACCCCGAAAUCAUUUCAAAAGACCAAACCAAAAAGGAAUUUGCAAAAUUUGCAGAAGACUAUAACACAGCGACGCUCCCACACGAAAAAUACUACAACAUCUCAUCCUACGAACGUCGCAUGUCUCUCCUCCGGAACGGCGAAACGCUUCCACCAAUGGAUGACACAUACAACCCCGACGCAGACCUCCGCGCGCAUUCCAGUGCACACAAGAAACCCGUAGCAGAGAAAGAAACGUAUAUGAGUAAAGAGCAGUUACAGGAGUUGAGAAAGGUACAGCAGGAGAGGAGUCAGGUAGGGAAGAUGAAGUUGAUGGGUAUGAAUAUCGGACAGUCGUUUGGUGUUAGGAUGGAUGGGAGUGAAUUUGAUGGCUGAGGUAUUAAGUACUAUUCGGGUAUUGGCUGAUGGGUAGAGUGAUUCGAAAUGUUUGUUCAGGUUAUAUAUGAGGACUGCGCAACGAGUAUCAUCGGGCUUUGGUCCCUUACUCUCCACUCGGUUUUUGUAUUAUUAAUAUCGUCAUCUGAAGGAUGUACUGACGCUUAUGCUCUCUCAAAUUUCUCAGUCGAGAU